UCGACACGGUGGUCCGCAAACUGUCACAAAUCUGAGAAAAAGUAAUCUGAUUUUAUUCAUUCGCAAUAGUGAACAACAACUGACGCUACGGGAGUUAAAUAGGCGGAGAACGCACUUUCGCUCCUGCCAAGAUUUGUGACACGGACAAAAUCUCAUUCGUGAAGUCAGAAAAAAGAUGGUUUGGAAUAACUUACCCCUCUUCAAUGGGAUCGUCCUUGCUCUAUAUGUUCUAUCCAUCCCAAAUGCUGCAAAUGGCAGGUUUAUGGACGCAAGGAAAGUACCUUUGAGUGCGUUAACCGCACCCGGCAAUUUCUAUUUUUUGGAGUUUCCUGUCAACGAAUACGAUUCGCAAUUGAAUCCAAUAUGUGCGGACGGAACUCCAUAUAGCUUCGCCUUUCGUCGGGGGACAGACGAACACGUCUCGAAACUUUUGAUCGAGUUUGAAGGUGGGUCUGCUUGCUGGGACGACAAUAUUGGUAGUUCUUGCUGUGAUGUUGCCGGGUCGACGGGACGAAGGCAUGUUCCAUGGCUUGAUUACAUGUCUUUCUUCAAAAGACAAGUACUGUUGGAGAAGACUUUUCCAGAAUUGGGAUCCUGCAAAGGGGUUCCUUCCGGUUUUGUCUCUGAAGGAGCUGAGUUUAUUCUUGCGGACAAUAAUGGAAUCAAUGGUUUUAUCGAUGGUGAUUUACCGAUUUCUCUUCGCCGUGAUGAAGGUUGGUGGGAUAGGCUCGGCGGCGAAGGGUCGGAUAUUCGUGACUGGAGUUACAUUUUGCUUCCGCACUGCUCCUUGGAUUGGCAUUUGGGGCACAAAAAGCAUCCCCAAUUAAUUGAAGGCUGCAGCGAUGAUCCGUCAAAAGUUGACGCGGUCUAUCACAGGGGAGGAACGAAUGUAGACGCAGUUAUGAAUUGGAUCCGUAAACAGUUUCCAGCUGGUCUAGAUGCCCUGGUGACCACUGCCGGUGGAAAAGUUGGUGGAUGCGAUGAUGAUAUGGAUGCAGCAACGCCAUCUAGCAUAGCCCCUGCAAUCAUGGCAUCGAAUCUAGCGAAGACGAAGACCAAGUCAUCACCGUCUCUCCCAUCCACACUGGUGGUAACAGAAGGAUCAAAGAUGUGGGAUCCCACACUACCAAGUCCUGAGAUUAUGACAGAUCGUUGGAAUACACAAGACUUGCCUUCGGGGGGUGGCUUUCCCGAAGCAAUGCAAUCUUUGGUUGAGUCGUCAACUGAAGACAUCCAAUAUAUCUGGAUGGCUUCCUAUGAAGGAACAGCCUCAGAUGAGGAGACGCUUUGGUUCAUGAAGCAGGCGAAUGAUCAUCCACAAAAGUUUCAUGUCUUUGAGCCAACUGCACCGGAAGCCUUUUUAGAAGGAAACCAGACGAAGUUGGACGGGAACGAGACGAUCCCUGAAUGGUGUCCCCUCUAUACAUUCCCGGACUAUGACGUGGAUGUUUCGGACUUCUUUUCCGAUGUAAUCAACCGUAUGUCUUGGUCUUCGCCAUCGUUACCAUAUACAGACACAGAGAGCACCGUUCCCAAAGUGUCUUCAUCUCUACCCGAUGUCGAGUUUGACAACUCACGUUCUCGAUUGAGUUUUUUCAGUAUUUUUGUCAUGCUGGGUGGCUUCGUUCUACUAGCUUGGGGAAUUUAUUAUGUUAUGAAACGUGACAGUGCACAAAAGGGGAAGAAAGCUCCACUAUCUCCUUCUGACCUUUGGUUUAUCGCUUUGACGAAAUAUCCUGUCACCUUUUUUAUUAUCUCACUCCUGAUACCCAUUACUCUGAGUGUUGUCGGAUUUUCAAACACUACUCCUAGUAUCAACAUGGAUUUUGACUCGUAUCUCCAGGUGGAUACUGAUCUAGAAAACGUCAAAAGGAACUUCGAUGUAGCCCGGGAGAAUCAGGAAGCUUCACUGGAGAUAGAACAGGCAAAUUGUAACUUAUACGGGAAAAACAUUUUGAUACGAAGGCUCUCGGAAGAAGAUGUUGGCAAUCGAAUCAGCGAGGCAGCUGUUCCAUUUAUUGAAGAUUCAAUAUUCGGCAGUCAAGCUUUGUUAGAUGAGUUAGGUCUUGAGUUUGAGAUCGAGCAGAACAUACCUUUCGAGACGCUUCCCCGCACCCACCGUGAACUCAGCUUGGCAAACUUAAACUAUUUUUCCGGAGGUCAGUAGAAUUCUGGAGGUGGAAAGAACAAGAAGGCUGGACAAUGCACAGCUAAUUAUCUGGCUUGCCCAUUUCACUGACGUAUUUUGAAUGAUUGAAUUUGUUGCUAUUACUUCUGCUUAGGUGAAUGGAUGUCAAUCAUGUACCAGAAUCGAGAAGGUGGUAAUGUUUUUGAGCCGGAUGUGCUCAAAGCAAUUCAUGAGUUUGAAUCUUCAAUCUAUGAUUUUCCUGGAUUUCAACAGUAUUGCUACGGGUUGAGCAGUUGCGUUCCAAUUGACUCCCUUAUUUCACGAUUCUUCAGGAACGGAGAAUUGGUUAGCAAUAUUGAAUCUGUUUUGAGAUCCUUUUUGACCGAUCGACCCGCUUUGUGGAAACUUGAUCAAUAUUUCGGGCCCGAAAAUUUAGCAAGUAACGUAACGAGAUCAUUCGUUUUUUUGAGAAAUGUUGGCGGAGAUCAAAGUGCCACUCAUCCAUGGCUGAGAUCAUUCUAUCGGGAUUUCCUUGCGAAACAUGACAGGAAAAGGACCUAUCCUGAAUUUGUGCAUACUUGGAACAACUUCAUCAUGAAAACGACUGAGGCUGACGAUGCCUUAUUUCACGACUCGUUAUGGGCGAUUGGCAGUCUUGUUUUUGUCGCCCUAAUGAUCCUCUAUAAAGUCCGAAGCCUCUUUGUUGUCUUUUUCUCAAUGUUGGGAAUGGUACUCGCUUUUUCUGUAUCUUAUUAUUGGCUUUCAGUACACUUUUUUGUCAAAGAUAUCACUUUAAUUUGGAUUGCUGGCCUUUUCGUCAUGCUAGGUAUAGCUGCUGAUGAUAUCUUCUUGAUGGUCGAUUCAUUUGACCACACGAAGAACGAGUUUGAUGAAGAAUUGAGCAAUCGUAUGACCGAAAUCAAUAGUGGUGACAGCGAUCCUGACGAUGAAAAAUUGAGGGAUGCUAAACUUCAAAUUCUUCGAAAGCGAAUAAUUGUAGCAUACCAUAAAGCAGGUAGUAUGAUGCUUGUUUCAAGCGUCACUACGUCGAUCUGCUUCUUCAGCAACGGUUUUGGAGUUUUGACUGUUAUACAGGAAUUCGGAAUUUUUAUGGGGUAAGCCUUUUUUCUAUUGGAAUUAAUCGUUAACCUCUCAUUCAAUGCCUUCCAACUAACCAAUUCUCCUCCUCUUUCAACAAAGGAUGGUUGUGCUAGUGAACUACUUGCACGUGAUGACAAUUUUACCAAGUUCAAUUCUUGUGAAUGAGAUCUAUGUUGCGUCAGAAGAGAAAAGAUUUCUGACAUGGUGUAAAUCUUUAUUCAUUGCAAAUAAACUUGGCAAUGAACAAAGAGAUGCCCAAUGCGCUGAUUACAACCACGUUGACGAUACUGAUACGGAAAAAUGUCUAGAAAACUAUGUCAAUGGCGGUAAGGAGGAGUCGAAAGGUAUCAUUGGUAAAACGUCCAAUUUGGAUCCUGCCGAACGGUAUUUGAUCGAAACAUAUGCACCUUUCGUCAACAAACGGGCGUACUAUAUUUUGGUGUCCACCGUUAUUUUGGUAAGCUCGCUCUUUUCAAUCAGUUCUUUUUGUCGUCACAAUUUUUCAAAUCUAUUUUAACGGGUUGUGCUCUUGAACUUUUUUAGGCGAUAAUUCUCGGUAUUUGUGGCGCCAUCAAUUUCGCUGUGAAUGAUGGAAGCAUUGUUUUAUACUCUCCCAAGUAUAACCUAGGUCGACUGGAAAAACUUGUGAAUAGUUACUACAGUGAAAGCGAGGAUGUCUACACAACAAUUGAAAAAGAUACCGCGCCGGCUACGUUUCCUCCGAACCCUGCGCCCACUCCCGUGCCAGCACCGACUACGCCCAUGCCCACCAAGAGUAGUGGGACUUCGGUCAUUACAGCAGUUGGAUUUUCUUCUCCCGAAGAAGCAGCAGAGACUUAUCCAGAUGAUCAUACAGUAGUAGAACCGUCGGACCUGGGGACGGAACCACCCGAAUCUCUAGAAAGUUCAAGUGCAAACCAAGGCUCAAAUACGAUUGAUAAUGAUUCAGAUGUCGCAGGUUCUGGAGUUAACAGUGGCUCAAAUCCAUACGUAGUGAGUGGUAGUGGUAAUGGGAUUGGUGGCAGUGGCAGUGGAAUUGAGACCGUCACAGGUACCGGUGGUAGUACCACUAGCAAUAUCGGUGGUGCAAUUUCGAAACCAGCUUCUCCAAUAUCGAAACCAUCUUCUACAACGGGCAUGAGGAGGAGAGAGACAAUCCAUGUCAAACUCAUUUGGGGCGUCGACGCUGAAGGAACAGACUCCAGCCUCUGGGUCACCAAUAAGCAAAAAAAAUCUACUAAUUUUGAACACGACCGGGCCCUUUUGGAUCUCGCGGAACCUAGCACUCAAGAAUGGUUACUGGAAGUUGUCAAAAUGGCCAAAAGUAAGCCGGAGCUUUUUGUCCGACAGGACAAAGUCACAUGGAUUGAGAGGCUCCGUGACUUUGCCGCUUAUGCUGGUGUUGAAUUCCCAAUUCCAAAGCAUUUGUUUACGACGUACGUCGAACUCCUGAAACUCCAGGACGAGGAAUCCCGAGAGAUGAUAGAGGAGGGAAUUGGUACCAGUGCACCUGGUCUUGCUGGAGACUUCACUUAUGCAAGCAUCACGAUGAGGGUGGAUUCUGUAGAAGUAGCAAAUACUGCUGAAGCCGCCGGAAGAAUGAUGAGUGAGGAUCUUUACAGAGUAUGGACUGAUUUUGCAACAGAAACUAAUGGGUUGUCACCUUCCGGCAUACCACGGGUUGUAGCGCAGUCCGCUAUCUUCCUCGAUGCCUACAGAGUAGAAGCGAUGUACAACUCGACCAUUUUCACGUGGUUUGUCGCUAAUGGACUGUGCUUGUUGGUAAUUGUCAUAUUCAUUCAAAAUCUUGCUCUUUCGUUCAUGGUGAUGGUAACAAUCACUCUCAUCCUACUGUGCUUAGGAGGAUUCCUUUUUGCAGUCUACCGCAUCCCCUUCGGUCCUGUUGAGGCAUUGGGUGUAUCCAUUUUCAUCGGACUCAGUGCCAACUAUUCGUAAGUAUCAUUCAUCUUAUGGACAGAGAGCUAACUUUUGCCUAUGAGAAAGGCGUCGUCAACUUACAACAAAAUUUAUUUUUUAAUUAUCAAUAUGUUGACAAAAGUCUCCAUGUGGUUCAUGCCUACCAUCACUCGAGAAGGAACAAUAGAGGUGAAAAAAUCAAGGAAGCUAUUUUUGCGGUAGGGUCACCAAUCAUCGCUAGUGCACUCUCGACGAUGGGUGCAAGCGCUUUUCUGUUCGGUUGUCGAACCUGGGUUUUUAUUGAACUAGGAAUUUUGAUCUGUUCUAUCACUGGUAUGGCGCUGCUGUAUACGAUGACAUUCUUGUUUUCAUGGUUGUCGAUUGCAGGACCACUUCCUGUUAAUGAAGACAGUCGCGAUCUUUCACAUCGAUGGGAUUUGAAAGUGAUGUGCUGGGAUACAUGCCGAGGAGACAAAAAAAUGAUACCAGAUCAAAGAGCUGAUGACGAUAAGAGCGUUUUUUCUAUUGAAGUCGUAGAAGAGCUAAAAGGUUCUCUAGUUUCAGGAAAGAUGGAUGCAACAGACUUGGACGCGGAAGCGAAGGAUGAUGAUAGCGACUAUUCCAUUGAAAUAAUUGAAGAUGGGGAUGGAGAUAUCCAGGAAUCCGAGAAGGAAGUCGAAGAACCAACGGUAGCAAUAGAGAAAAAAAACUCUCAGGAAACUGGAAGGGUAAAUUGAGAGAGAAGAGAAUUAGUAGGAGCCACGUCCAAUCGACAUCAACUAACAAAUGUAGCGAGGAGAUAAGUUUGAUAUCCUGAGAUUUUGGUUAAGUUAUAUUAU